UUUUCAUUACAUGCAAUGCCUACCGUUACAGAAGGAAGACAGUUCUCGAAUCCAGAGACCCCUGGGUAUGUGGGGUUCGCCAACCUACCCAACCAAGUUCACAGGAAAUCUGUGAAGAAGGGUUUCGAGUUCACACUCAUGGUGGUGGGUGAAUCGGGCCUUGGCAAAUCGACCCUCAUCAACAGUCUCUUCCUGACAGACCUCUACCCAGACCGGGUUAUACCAGGAUCAAAAGGCAAGCCGAGUCCAGCCAAACAACCCGUCAUCAUUCAGGGUAAACGCCCCGAACUCACCUCUGAAGAAAAAAUGCAUCAGACCCUGAAGAUUGAUGCAUCGUCGGUUGAGAUUGAGGAGCGAGGGGUUAAGCUCCGUCUGACAGUUGUGGAUACGCCUGGGUUCGGUGAUGGAAUUGACAAUGACAACUGUUUUAAUAAAAUUAUAAAAUACAUCGACGACCAAUACGAGAAGUUCCUUCGGGACGAGAGUGGCCUUAACCGACGAAACAUUAGUGACAACCGAGUACACUGUUGCUUUUACUUCAUUAAUCCAGCAGGGCAUGGUCUGAAACCCCUAGAUGUUCAGUUUAUGAAGGCCAUUCACAACAAAGUCAACAUUGUACCAGUUAUAGCCAAGUCGGACACUUUAACCUUGCAAGAAGUACAGAGGCUAAAGUCGAGAAUUCUGGGCGAGAUUCAAAAGCAUGGUAUCCAGAUCUACACACUGCCAGAAUGUGACUCGGAUGAGGAUGAAGAUUAUAAAGAACAAUGUAAACAACUAAAGGCCGCAGUUCCAUUUGCUGUUGUGGGGUCUAGCCAAGUUGUAGAAGUUAAAGGUCGUAAGGUCAGAGGUCGUGUGUAUCCAUGGGGUGUUGUAGAAGUCGAAAACCCUGAUCAUUGUGAUUUCAUCAAGCUCAGAACAAUGCUCAUCACGCACAUGAAUGAUCUCCAGGAAGUCACCCAAGAUAUACAUUACGAAAACUACCGAUUAGACAACCUCAAGGGCGGUGGUGGAGAACCUAAGAGAGUCAAACACUCGCGUAAAUCUGAUGUGGAGACAACCGAGAAGGAAAGGGAGUUAGCUGCAAAGGAUGCAGAGUUGCGACAAAUGCGCGAAAUGCUUGCUAAGAUGCAGGCGGAGAUGAAGAAGAACCCUGUGCAGAAUGGUGGACCAGCUUCAGGCAAGGCUCACUAAGUGCAUUUGAAUAUCAGUCAUUGUUCAGCUCUACCUGGGUCAGCAGCCAGUCACUUCUAUUCAUGUGGGAUCAAAAUUCUCCAGACGGUGCAUUUGUGUAAUGUUUGCCUAGACAGCUGUUAAUAUUGCUAGUGUCACUCUCGAAACGAGAUUAAGGAUUGCGAGAGUUCUGCUUGGAGAGGAUGGAAAAAUGUGCAAAGAAUGACAAUUAAAAAUUUCUGAGACUUUUAUGUGGGUGAGUUUGGCCCAAAUUGGGUGGAACGUACAUUUCCACCUAAUUGCUUGAACAAUACAUGAGAAUCUGUAAUUUCUACAAGACGUGUUAAGAAAAUAUGUAAGAAGGCGCCCCAAGGCCAGUGGCCUGGAAUCAUCUUUGAUUAGUCUUCAAUUUGGGACUGGUGGGCAGUUCCCAUCCUCAGGGCCAAAUCACACUGCUUCUAAAUGCUGGAAGAUUUAGUCGAAUCUUUCUUCAACAACUUUCUUACUCUUGUAACUACACCAACAUGACCAAUCAAUAAAAAGUUGCACUCAAUUUGCUUCUAACAGACUGAUGGGCACCAUGUUAAUGAUGUACUUGAUACACAUAACUAGCUAAUAACUAGCUAAUAACUAGCUAAUUAGAAGCAUAAUCUAAUGCUUUGAUUUCACUGCAGCAGGAAACAGGCAUUUCACAGGGGUUGGAUUAGUUUCAGUCUAAGUAAGUGGCUUAGUAAUGGUACUGUCCCCAAAGCCUGUGAAAGUUGAGAAACUGUGACGGUGAACAUCAGUAGUCGAAGUGGGCCUAAAAAUGUACGAUCUAGAAACUUGGUCUCAAGAGCUUCAAAAUCAAUUUGUUAGUGGUAAAGAACACCACUUAAUGAAAUGUGCUUGUUUUCCUCUGUAUGGUAUCAUAAUGUCUGUGAGGAGAAGAAGCAAACCUGUGGUCUUUGUCAAUUUUCCUUUGUCUCCUUGUACACAUAAUCUCUGAGAUUCUUGUAUAUGUGUUUGCACGGUUAACAUGACAGGAGUUCGAGCUUUAGUAGUUUUAAUCUCUGUUGUAUCAUUACUAGAUAUUCAAGCUACAUCGAUGCAUGCAGCCGACAAACUGGUUUUGCUAGUCACCUUUGCAUCAAAUUUCUACUGAAAAAUUAAUACUCUUUGUAGAUGUUCUAAUGAAAUAAUCAUAAAUUCUUUCUGUUGUGGGAGAAUUACUUUUCACUCAGUGGCCGAGAAGUCUUACCCAAGGUUUUGUCAUACGGCCAUAUAGGUGAUGAUAGUCUUUAUUUCCUUCAGUAAACUUUACACUUGUUUUUAGCUCGCAGUACCAUUUGGCUCUGGCUGCAUGUGUUUGUGUAAGAAUGUUAAACAUAUCAUGGCCCUUUCUGUUGGUAGUCUGAAUUUUAUCGCCCAGUGAGAGGGAACUUCAACCCCAACUGAGGGCAUCACUGGCUGUGAAUGUGAUAUUGGCUCUGGGACCAGCUUGUGUCCUGGCAUAUGUGUUUCUUGAUUUCUUCACUUUGGGCCAUGAAAUUCAACACUUGACAGUGAAAGUGGUCAUACAUAUAGUCACCUGUCAUAUUCGUUUAUUUAUCAAUCAUGUAUUUCGCUAGCUAGUGUACAUUAGAUUUUGGUUGCACCAUCGGGUUCACCCAGAAAACAAAAAAAAUGCUUGGUCCUUCGUAUUAAGGAAGGAGGUGUUCAGUGAUCAGUUCCACAGUAUACAAAAAAUUAAAGGUUUGAAAGCACCAAAAUUCUUUCCUGGAGGAUCGCAUUAGGCCUAGUCCUAUUUAACUGAAAUGAAAUUUUGAUCCAACAGAUUGGAAUCUCUCAUACAUGACAACUUAUCUUCUUUUCUUACAAAAUUAAUAAAUGUACUUAUAUAAGUAAUGUAUUGCUAUUGUUCAUGUAUCAUUUAACACUAUUGAAAAACGCAAUAUUUGAAAUUGUAGGGUACAGUAAUUUUGUACUUUCUGUAUUCAUGGUAAAGAUGUUGUCAAUAAUGCUGUGUAUGAUAUUGGCAGACUCGGUAGUUUAAAAUAAUAUUCGUACUAAUCACAUUGUCAGCUAAUUGUGCAGGCUUCUGUUAUUGUAUAAGCAAAAUUUUGGCUUUGUUGCAAAACGAUUCUAUUUCUUGUUGUCCACCUAAAGAUACCUCCUGUAAAUUUUAUCCCACCGACUUAAAGGCCUUGUCCUCUCAUGGAACACGUAUUUUUCAGCGAGUAACUACAUUUCAUUGUACAAUUUAGAGCUUGAUAGUCUGUGUAUUCCUUGGCGAUGCUACCUGUCCCUGUACUUGACCUGUGUAACGUUACUUACCAUCACAGUGAACAUAAAUGUAUAUAAUAUGCAUUGCACGUUCAUGCAAAAUAAGAAAAUUCAGGUAAUAAGUGUUAAAUUUCAGUGAGAAUUCUGGGCCUUUGAGAUUUCAUGUUAGAUUGAGGUGAUGGGCUGUGCAUGUGUGAACACAAUUUGGACAACUUCCGAUAUUGAAUUGUUCAGCGAUGCUUUUGGCUUCACUUACAAACCCCUUUGAUCAUCAAAACUAUGUUCUGAGAUUGAUAUGAGAUUCUAUUACAGUUUUUCGAUUUUCUGUGUUGUGAAAGGUAGAUUUAUAAAUUCUCUUGCAAUAUUGAUGGCAGAUUAUCUCCGAUUGUCUGAAAAAGAUGAUACACUCAUAAUCUUGUCUUCAAAGAUAUAUGAAUAAAUCUUCUGAUGAGAUGUUUUUGCUUGAUGCCAAAUUCUGCCUGAGCUGUUUUAUGAGGAGAAAAUUAAGAAAAUGGAUAGCAUUGUGUACUACUGGGUAGAGAUUUGAUUAGUAAUGUUGUCUGCUUAAUUGUGCAAUAAGUGCUUGUAUUGGGACUAACUAACAAUUCUACAUGACAAAAAUCGGUUCAUGUAUUUGUUCUUUAAAUUAGAGUUGUAUGUCUCGUAACUAUGAAAUUAUUGUAAAAAUAAAUAAAACGGCCGGCUGAAGAUGAGCCUUUUCUUUCGAAGCCGUGCCGUGCCUCUUUCAAGUCCAAGUUCACUUUUGCAUGUUGUUAACUUGGUCCCGUGGAAGUGCUGGUUCAGGCCUUACAUGUACGUCCUCAGGUGGCAGCAUUGGUCUUAACUAGCAUUUCUAGUGAUCCGUAUGUAAACAAUGAGCAUACAUUAACCUGGCCUCGAACCUAAACAAAAAAUGUGUCACGCAAAAAGUUUCUUUGGGGCACAGCUCAAAAUACAAGAAACGCCUCAUCACCUGAUUACAAUGUGUAUUUGAGCUAGUCUUAAAUGGCUUUGUUCCUCAUCGUCGAAUUGUAGUUGUGUCUUGAAGUACCUUUCUGCACCCUGAAAUUAUUUAGUUUAGUUAUCUUGUCUUGGGUAUUGUGCUUCAGCUUGGUGCUUGCUGUAAAAUUAUCAAGGCUAACUGAAUUUAUCAAUGUUCUGUAUUAUUAGUAUCUUCAUCUGUAGUUCACUUCACCCAACUUUGCCCAGAUCAUCUAUGCUGUGAGAUCAGGUGACCUGUACAUCAGUGUAGAGGCUGUUUGGGCCCAGAUCAUCUAUGCUGUGAGAUCAGGUGACCUGUACAUCAGUGUAGAGGCUGUUUGGACCCAGAUCAUCCAUGCUGUUAGAUCAGGUGAACUGUACAUCAGUGUAGAGGCUGUUUGGGCCCAGAUCAUCCAUGCUGUUAGAUCAGGUGAACUGUACAUCAGUGUAGAGGCUGUUUGGGCCCAGAUCAUCCAUGCUGUUAGAUCAGGUGAACUGUACAUCAGUGUAGAGGCUGUUUGGGCAUUGCUGGGUAAGAUAAACGUAUUGGUAUCUACAGUAGUUUCUCGGCUAGACAGUUUUAAAACACUCGACCGUACCGUGUCGUUGGUCUGACGUUACUCGUGUAUGGUGAUUACAGUUUUGUACUACCUUUUAUUUUGUAUAGACUUAUACAAUAAACCAAAAGUCAUACCAUCAA